AUGUGGAUAUCCCCCCUUCUUUUUGCGGCCAUGAGGAUGGGAGGGUUUGCUAGGCUUCGUUCAGCAUCGACCGAAUCGUACGAGUCUGGAGAUGAUGCGCAGCAACGGAGGGAUCAGGUCGAGCUCGCGCUGACAUCCAUAGUGUCGGCGGCUGCCCUUUCUCCGUCCGCGGCCGCCCGCUUUGUGGCGGCAGCGGACCGGCUGCUUGUACGGUCUGGUGCGAGGCGCAUGACGCCCUUGCGCGCGCAAGCACUUCUCGAGCCAGAGGACAGCUCCUCCUCGGACUUUGUCGAGUCGCCCGAGGAGGAGUCUUUGCCGGAGGUCUCCGACUCCGAUGGGGGAAACACGUCGAGUGGCGCCGACGAUCGGCGCGGAGCUGGCGAGGCGUCUCCGUCCCUCACUGUGACGUCGGUGGGGAUCAAGCUGAACCUCCAGGCACACAGCGCACAGCGAGAAGCUGCACAAUCACACACAAAACACAAGCCCGAAAAGAACCAGCACUGCUGGCACCCAGACGCGGCAGCGCCAGCCCAAGCGCGAAGCCGCGCAGACAAGCAGCCUAAGGGUCAAGCAAUCAAGCAACACGGACAAUGGAUUUACUGGCAGAAGGUUGUGCAGCUUCUCGCUGUGCGCUGUGGAUCACACACAAAACACAAGCCCGAAAAGAACCAGCACUGCUGGCACCCAGACGCGGCACCGCCAGCCCAAGCGCGAAGCCGCGCAGACAAGCAGCCUAAGGCGGUAGCCGAGUCAGUGGUAGCCGCCCGUGACGGCGGCGACGCCGCGGCAAUGCCCAAGGACCGGCGUGACCCGACCGAUGCCGGGGAGGAAGCAGGCGAGCUCGGACCAGCAGCAAGCACCCCAGUGGUGUCGAGCUCUCCGGAUGCCGGAUCUUCUUAUUCCUGCCCUGUCAGCCAUUCGUCGAGGAGGCAGAUUUAUUCAGGGCCCCUCUCCAAGGGAGCUGAUAAACACCGUCGACUCGCGACGAAGCUUGCUUUGGCAGCGAUUCGCUCAUUUCUUGACCAGCACUUCCUCUCGUCUCACCCUCGAGCGAUUCAGUUCGGACUCGAUCGAGACGGCUGUCUGAAGUUCUCGCAAACAGCGUCAGCGCUCCUGCCCCUUCACGCUCGCGGUGAUGAUGAGGAUGUUGCCAACCCCACAGUGCUGGUGAGCUUGGAUGCAAAGAACGCCUUCAACUCCCUCGACCGCCAGGCUCUCUUCGAUGCAAUCGAGGGACGUGCGAGUCGCGACUACUUUGAUGGGAGCAUCACUGAAGGCGCAAGCUUGCCCUCUUGCGAGCAUCUCCGUUUGUUCGCCUCCUACCUCUCCAGCUACUAUGGAGACUCUGCUGACCUUCGACUCUUUCACAAAAGUCAGUCAGCCUCCGUUCAGUGUACCUCGGGCGUCUGUCAGGGCGAUGUCCCCUCCAGCGUAUUUUUCUGCCACAGUAUCCACCCCCUGCUCCUCCAUAUCGCAGAGCUUUUUCCCUCUGUUCGAGUCUUGGCCUAUGCUGACAACGUCGUGCUUGUCGGUCCACUCGAGGAUGCCGUUGCAGCUACGUCCGCUAUGAAGAAGUACAUGUUGGCUGAUCUGAAGCUAGAGAUUCAACCUCGCGAGUCGAAAGUUUACAUCCCCUCCUGGCAUCAACACCCUGAUCUCUCGCAGCUGAAGAAGAGCCUUAAGCGCCGUCUCAAGACUCAACUUCUUCACUUCGAGGUCGUCACUGGCGGGAUUACACUUGGCGGCCUGCCUAUCGGCACGGAUGGAUUUCAUGCUAGUCAGCUCCGGGCGAAGGUUUCUACCCUCAACGAAGAGCUCUCGAAGCUCGGGCUCGUCCAGCAUGGCUUCAUGUUCAAGACGCUGGUGAGGGCGAGCCAUCUCCAGAAGCUGCGCUUCUUCCUCCAGGGGUCUUCUCCGUUUCUCCCGCGGGUCCAAUCACAGAUUCGUCGCUUUGACCUCUCUGUCCACCUGGGGCUUGAGAAAUACCACCGCUGGCCUUCCUCGCAGUACCUCGCCGCGCAUCCCGACCUGCUAGAGUUUGCGAGGUUCAAGCGGGAGCUUCCGCAUAGUCGGGGAGGGGACGAGUUCACGCCCUCUGAGGGUCUACACCCCGCUGUUUACUAUACGGCUAUCGCUCGCUUCCUCGCUUGGUACUCUGACCAGCCGAUGUCCCGGACCUUGCCCUCUCCUCAUAGCCUGGACGUUCACUACUCCGUGCCCAGAAGCAUCCUCUGGCGACCUUCUUCGUUGAGGCGCACGACUUCGUUCAUAAUGCUGGAGCGAUCCUCUACCGUCGUGUGA